AUGAAUAGCAUUCCUAGACAAAAGGCUAUUCGGGAUUUGAUUUGGUCGCAUUCUCCUGAUGUGGUUUUCUUACAGGAAACUAAGUUGUCUGUUGAUAGUAUGUUGGCGGUGGCUUCUAGGAUUUGGGGUCGAGGUCAGUGCCAAUGUGUUGGGGCGUUUGGUAAUUCUGGGGGGGUGGCUUGUUUGUGGGACCCAUGCAGAGUUAGACCUAUUUGGUGGUUCUCUUGCAGAGGUUCAAUUUCUUGUGUUGCUUCUCAUCUUGAGUCAGGGGAGAGAGUUCUCUUCUCGAACUUGUAUGCACUGACUAACCUUCAGGGUAAGGUUCUAUUGUGGGAUCAUGUGCGAUAUGUGAGGUCUCUGGAUCCUUACCUUCCUUGGAUCCUGGCUGGAGAUCUUAAUGCUGUCACUUCUUUAGAGGAGAAGCGGGGUGGUAAUGUCCGUCUGGAUUCUGCUUCGACACUCUUGAAGGAUAAUAUUGCUCUCUUGAACCUGGUUGACAUCAAGCCGAGUAAUGGGCUAUUUACCUGGAGUAAUAGAAGAUGUGGGGAAGCAGCUAUUUCUGAAAGAUUAGAUAGAUUCCUGGUUUCCAGUUUUUGGAUGGGGGAUAGGGAUGAGUCUCUUCAUGACUUAGUUCUUGGAUGGUGGAGUUUUGGGAAGCCGGCUCAUGGGACUGCUAUGUACUCCUUCUCGAAGCAACUCCAGUUUAUUUGGGACCAAGGUUUCACGGAGGAGCUUGGUGUGCUUGAAGCGGCUGCGGUGAAGGUUGUGGAAGAAUGGAACUUAAGGGAGGAGAUAUUUUGGAAACAAAAAUCUAGAAUUGAGUGGCUCCAAGCUGGAGACAGGAAUACUUCCUUCUUCCACAACUCUGUGAAGGACAGAAAGCAAGGUAAUGUUAUCUCCUCUUUAGUGUCGGAGAAUGGUGAGACUUUUUCGUCUUCCGCUUCUAUUUCUGCUGAGUCUUCCCGUUUCUUCUCUGCGUUGCUGUCUGAGGAUUCCCCUCCUGCGGAGGUGGAUGAAGCUUUGAUCUUGGGUAGCAUACCGAAUUUGGUUACUAGAGAAAUGAAUGAAUCUUUGCUUCGUCCUAUCCCUUUAUUUGAGCUUGAGGCAGUUGUUUUUCAGAUGAAAAGAGGAAAAGCCCCAGGGCCUGACGGGUUUCCGGCUGAAUUCUUCCAGGAGUUUUGGGAAGUGAUUAAAUUGGACCUUCUGGCGGUUGUUCAAGAAUCUCUUUUGAACAAACAAAUGUUGAGAUCUAUGAAUGCUACUUUUUUGACCCUCAUACCAAAGAAGGUGGGAGCUAAUACUUUGGAUAAUUUUAGGCCCAUUGCUUUGUGUAAUGUGGUGUAUAAAAUUAUCACAAAGCUGAUUGCUGAGUGGCUGAAACCUUGGUUAGGUAGACUAAUCUCAGAAGAACAAGGGGGUUUUGUUGCUGGUAGACAAAUUUUAGAUGGUGUCAUUAUUGCUGCCGAGACCAUUCAUUCUAUGGCGGGCUCUAAAGAGAAAGCCAUGUUCAUCAAGUUGGACAUGGCUAAAGCUUACGAUCGUGUUAAAUGGGCCUUCUUGUUCAAGCCUCUGGAAGCUUUUGGUUUUGCUGGUGAUUGGAUUGAGUGGGUCAGGAGUUGUGUCACUUCUUCUUCCUUCUCUGUGUUGGUCAAUGGUGAACCCUCUGAGUUGUUCAAGGCUUCUAGGGGGCUUAGACAAGGAGAUCCCUUGUCUCCCUAUUUGUUUAUUUUUCUUGCGGAAGGCCUUGGGAGGUUUAUAAGAUCUUGCGUGGAGUGUGGCUUGAUACAGGGGUGGAGCUGGGGAAAUAACAUUCCCUCUCAGUCUCAUCUGCAGUUUGUAGACGAUACUGCUCUCAUGGGCCGUGCCAAGAUUGAGGAAGCUGUCAGAUGGCGUAGCACUCUAGACUAUUACUUGGCUGCUUCAGGUCAACGAAUCAAUGAAAGGAAGUCCUUUAUUUAUUUCUUUAAUACUCCAAAGAUUAUUCAAAGGAGGAUCGCAGGCAACCUUCUUCAUAGAAAGUGGAGCUUGGUUAAAUGGGAUGUCAUCUGUAGACCGAAGCAGGAAGGCGGGUUAGGGCUUCGCAGGACUGACUUGAAUGGGCAAGCUCUAGCUGCGAAACUAUAUUGGCGGUGGUACUCUCAGCAAAACCAGUUGUGGGCAAGAAUCCUUACCUCAAAGUAUCUUGGUGAGGUCGAGAGUGCUGAUGUGGCCCGCUUUAGCUUAGAAGGGAAGGGUUCUAUGAUUUGGUGCACUCUUAAAAGGGGUGCCAAGUUGGUCAAGCAAGGGUUGUUCUGGAUUUGUAAUGAGGGUAAGGAAGCUCUUUUUUGGCAUGAUUCUUGGGAUGGAUAUCCUCCCAUUUUGGCUUCUCAUCCUCAUUUGCAAAAUUUGUGUCAACACUUCACUGAUGCUAGUUUUUGUCACGUGGCUGAUUUUAAAUCUCUUCAAACAUUAGGGCAGGCUAUUGUUUUCAGGUGGAAGGACCCAAGGGAAUGGCCUCCUGAUGGCACAGUUGAGGACCGUCAAGAGCUUGCUGGGAUUUUGUCUAGACGUGCUUGUAGUUCCCUUUCUGGACGUGAUGUGUUGGCUUGGGACUCUGAUCCAAAAGGAAGAUUCUCUGUUGCUUCAGGUUAUGCAGUCCUUGAUAAGCAGUUGUUUGGGAGUACUGAGAUCUCUUGGUGGAAGAAGGUUUGGAAUAAGUUUGCAUGGCCUAAGUGCAAUUUCUUCUCUUGGUUAGUGGUGCAAGGAAAAUGUCUUACCUGGGAGAAUCUCUGUAAGCGUGGCUUCCAGGGACCUUCUAUGUGUGUUAUGUGUGCUGGACAUGAAGAGUGUAUUUCUCAUCUUUUCUUUCAGUGCUCCUUUGCGAAAGCCAUUUGGCACUUUUGGUGGAAUCUGUGGCAUAUGUCGUGUAGACAUGUUUUUUCUUUGAAGGAAUUCUGGGAAAGUCAAGGGUCUCCUUUGGUUAGGACUUCUUUACUUUUAAUUGCUUGGGUUAUUGGCCCUAGUCUGAUAAUUUGGCAUAUUUGGUUGGAACGCAAUCGAAGAAACUUUUUGGAUAAAAAGCUGCAGAUUGGUCAGUUAUGGUUGAGAAUUUUGGGGGGUCUUCAGGAAACUUUGACAGCUAAGUGCGAUUUGUCUGUUCCUGUGGAUCCUGGUGAUUUUGGAGUUGCUAGUGUGUUGGGGCUAUCCCUAGGGGGAAAAGGAAUUGUGAGGACUGUUCGCCAUAGGUGCGGGAGGGAGAAGGUUAGUCGGGCUGGUCACUGGUAUCCCCCUGCUCUGGGAGAGUUGAAAAUUAAUACUGAUGGCUCUUCUAGAGGAAAUCCUGGGCAUGCUGGUGUUGGUGGCAUUUGUAGAGAUGGCUCUGGAGUUGUGGUGUUUUUUUUCUCUAUUUAUAGAGGUCAGCAUACUAAUAACCUCAUGGAGGCCACUGCCAUUCUUCUGGCUUUGGAACGGGCUUGUGCUCUGGGAUGGAGAAGGAUUGUUUGUGAAUCGGAUUCUCAGGUUGUUAUUGACCUUUUAAAUAGGAGGCGGUUUGAGGAGGUGAAUUGGCAGUUGGCGGUGGUGGUCAAGCAAAUUGUUGCUUUGGGCACUACCUUUGAAUUUGUUGUCUUUUGUCAUGUCCCUCGGGAGUGGAAUAUGGUGGCUGAUGGCUUGGCUAGGUGGGCUUCUGAGCAGAUGGGGACUUGGAAUGUGGCGGAGUGGGACAAUCUCCCUGAAGAUUUGGUUGUGGUUCUUGAAGAUUUGGUUAUGGAAGAUAUGAGGUGCUUCUUAGGUGUAUCUUAA